GAGUUCCUACCUCAGCCUUUUCAUUUGUCUUAGUAUCUAUCCGCACUAAAAAAGUCACCAUGUUCAAAGUAUUUUCCACGUUCCUCGUUUCUCUCUCCUUCCUCUCAGAGGAGGUGGUGUUCUCCUCCUCUCUCCUCAUCCGCCAGACUCCUCAACACCUCCUGAGGAGGACAACUGAACACAGAGAGGCACACCUGGACUGUCACCACGGCGACAACGACUACCCGUACAUGUUGUGGUACCAACAUAAGGAGAAGGGAGGACAGAAGACCAUGGAACUCAUUGGAACACUACACUAUACAAACCCAACUCUUGAGAAGAACUAUGAAACACGGUUCAACUUAACAGGUCAUUCCAAGGCCAAAGCCAGCCUGGUCAUCUCUGAGAUAAACCCUACAGACAGUGCCGUGUAUCACUGUGCAGCCAGUCAGCACAGUGCUGCAAAUUCAUUCAGGAGGCGAUGUGACACUGGAAGUGUGCCCUACUUUGGAAAUGGAACAAAGCUCACUGUUUUAGAGCCAGACAUCCCUGUCACUCCACCCAAAGUCAAAGUCCUUCCACCCUCCACUAAGGAGUGUGAAGAUAGAAACAAGAAGAAGAAGACCUUGGUGUGUGUGGCCACCGACUUCUACCCCGACCACGUCACUGUGUUCUGGCAGUUAAAUGGAGGCGCCAACAUCACCGAUGGAGUGGGGACCGACAACACUGCCUUGAGGGAUGAAAACAGAUGCUACAGUAUCACCAGCAGACUGAGAGUCCCAGCCAAGACAUGGAACACGGCCUCGAACAGAUUCACCUGCACCGUCCGCUUCUUCAAUGGGACCCAUGACAUAUAUGUUGCAGAUCACAUUGACGGAGAAGAAGGUGGUGAUGGAGGGAUGACGACAGAGUACUACGUGAAGAGCACCCAGACUGCCAAGCUGGCCUACAGCAUCUUCAUCGCUAAGAGUACCUUCUACGGCCUGGUCGUCAUGGCUCUGAUUUGGAAGUUUCAGGUGAGUUCACUGCUACUAUGAUGAUGGACAUCACACAACCUUCUCUCUUCUUCAAUCUAUGUCUUGUGCCAGCUAGCCUGGUUCCAGAUCUGUUUGUGCUGUCUUGCCAACUCUUAUGGUCGGCAUGACAACGACAUACUGUAGGAGUUGGCAGGAAAGCAUGAACAGAUCUGGGACCAGGCUAGCGCUGUGCUAAUAAAGGAUCUAAGAGGGCACCAUACUGUCUUUAUCCUGUAUCUCUGUGUUUCCAUACAGACACCAUACUGUCUUUAUUCUGUAUCUCUGUGUUUCCAUACAGACACCAUACUGUCUUUAUCCUGUAUCUCUGUGUUUCCAUACAGACACAAUACAGACACCAUACUGUCUUUAUCCUGUAUCUCUGUGUCCCCAUACAGACACCAUACUGUCUUUAUCCUGUAUCUCUGUGUUUCCCAUACAGACACCAUACUGUCUUUAUCCUGUAUCUCUGUGUUUCCAUACAGACACCAUACUGUCUUUAUCCUGUAUCUCUGUGUUUCCAUACAGACACCAUACAGACAC